GCCCGCCUCUUACAUCUAUCAAAUUAAGAUUCGUCCCUUUCGUAAGUGAAUUGGUCGAUGAGAAAUUCAUGAAAGAAAUACGUUUCGAAAUAAAACACAAUACCGAUAACUGGAGGGAUCGCGAGAUAAGACGCCAAGAUGUCGCUAGUGUUCUCUUCCAAGACGCUCGUUUCUUAAAAGGUUUCAGGGCUCUGAUCGACGACUUUGAAAAGUAUAUCUUCAAAUGCCUGGAUGAAACACACAGAAUGAUAUUUGUAGAAAACCAAUUAUGUAAAGCUGUAAAGAAGAGUUUCACCAAUAUCCUAUCAUGGGAAGGAGAACCUCCUACAACCACAGAAAAAGAUAACGGGUCUAAAGUUAAAUACCAACCAUGGAUGGGAUAUGUAUUAUUAAUCUGCGUUAUGAUAGGCGGAUGUUUGGCAAUUUGGUAUCAUUACAGACGCAAAUGAUGUCUUUGUGGAGUAUAUUUUGGGAAGAAAAUAUAUUAAUGAAAAAAUAAGACGCUUUGCAUAUUUGAUUAUAAAUGAUUGAAAUAAAAUAACUAUAUUUUAUCAGACAUAUUGUGGUUUCAAUUCUCUCGGAAAAAUAAUGGCCAGGGAAAACAGUUUCAUUCCUUUUUAAAAAUUAUCUGACUGUAUUAGAACUGGCACAUGGUCCCGUUACAUUUCUAUAUAAAUUAUUUGUGAGCAAAUCCCAUAAGUCGAACAGUUCCUUCCCGUCAAAACAAAUUUUUCUUAUAUUUUCUAGUCUUACUCCGAAAUGCAACGUUACAGAUAUUUUCCCCUUUAAAACAUAAUUUAGUUUCCGAUACCCCACGUGCAUACUUCAAGGUUU